UUCUUCCUACAGGAAUGUUAGCUCUGUGAGACUAUAGAUAUAAUAAAGAGGAUUUUUUACAAAGGUAGAGACACGAAAGGAGAAGAAAAAGGAGAGAGAGAGAGAGAUAGAAAUGAUAAUAAUGACAAUAAACAUGAUGGAACAGUUAGUGAUGAAAACAUGAAAGCAUUAUAGUGUCAUGUUCAGACGUUCAAAUAUACAUUUUAUUUGUGUUUAAGGAAAGAAACGAAACGAAACGAGAAGGAGAAUAAAAAGGAGAAGAAGAAGAAGAAGAAGGGAAAAACUACAUUAAGCAGUGUGUUAUUUUUUGUGACUUGUGGCGAUAUUUUCUAAAAAGUUGUAAAAAUAAAAAAUGUUCAAGGAUUCUUAAAAGGAUAUUGAAGAGAAGAAAAAAAAGUAAUGUUUUUCUUCCAGUGAGUGUGAAGCGAAAAGGAAAUACAAUAAAAAUCACAAGAAAGAGGAGUAAUUGAUGAAAGGAGGAGGAGAGUGAGUGUCGGAAAAUUAUCAUUCGAGGGAAAAGAAAAAGAAAGAAAGAGAGAGAGAGAGAGAGAGAGAGAAAGAAAAAAAAAAUUGAUAACCAAAAAAGUUUGUGUUCGGAAGUGGGACGCCGACAGGACUCGUGUGUGCGUGGCACCCUUGGCGUCAGCGCCCGAGGGUCUCAGUGCCUCCUCAGCGCUCCGUGCCAGCAGGAGCGAGAGCAUGGCACGGUGACGGAGCGGAGGUGACACUCGACCCCCCGAGGUCAUCGAGGAGCAGGCACGCCCCCCAGCCCCUCCCAGCGGCCGCAGGAGGCUCAAGGAGGAGCAGGAGGAGGUCUACGCACGCGCGGACCUUCCCGCCAGCCAGCCAACCGGGAGUGGAGGAGGAGGAGGUGGAGGUGGACCUCGAGCCUCCGCCGCGAUGAUGACGCCUUCGUCAGCGCCGCCCACCGAGGGGGAGCUCCGCGUGGGGCGGGUCCUCUUCACGAUGCAGUGGCGCCUCAUGAGCCAGAUCCUGCUGGCGCUGC